AUGAGGAAUCAAUCAGUGGUAACCGAGUUCAUCCUUCUGGGAAUACCCCACACUGAGGGACUAGAGGCUGAGCUCUUUUUCCUAUUUCUGACAUUCUACCUCCUCACUUUACUGGGGAACCUGAUCAUCUUCAUGGCCAUCAUCUCUUCUUCCCAGCUUCACACCCCUAUGUAUUUUUUCCUGGCAAACCUAUCUGUGUUUGACAUAUUUUUUCCUUCAGUAAGCUCUCCCAAAAUGAUGCUCUACCUCAUGGGAAAUAGCCACACCAUCUCUUUUCAAGGCUGUGUAUCCCAAAUAUUCUUCUAUCAUUGCUUGGGAGGAACUGAGUGUUUUCUUUAUACUGUGAUGGCAUAUGACCGCUUUGUAGCCAUUUGCCACCCCCUGAGGUAUACAGUCAUUAUGAACCACAAAGUAUGUACUAUUUUAACCAUAGGCACUUGGCUGGGGGGCUGUUUUCAUUCAACUAUCCUUACAUUUCUCACCUUCAGAUUACCCUAUUGUGGUCCCAAUGAAGUAAACUAUUUCUUCUGUGAUAUCCCCAUAGUGUUGCCCUUGGCUUGUGCUGAUACUUCUCUAGCCCAGAUGGUGAGUUUCACCAAUGUUGGCCUUAUGCCUCUUAUAUGUUUCUUAUUCAUUUUUAUUUCCUACAUUCGCAUAGUGCUCUCCAUAUUGAAAAUCCGCUCAUCGGAGGGCAGACGCCGAGCCUUCUCUACCUGCAGUGCCCACUUGACCUCUAUCCUCUUGUUCUAUGGGCCUGUAAUUCUAAUCUACCUCGGACCUGCUUCUACUCCUUGGCUGGGUUCUGUGAUUCAGGUGCUGAAUAAUAUUGUCACCCCUUCCCUGAACCCUUUGAUAUAUAGCUUGCGGAACAAGGAUGUUAAAUUAGCUUUGAGAAAAGUUUUUUACCAAGUGGUAAAUACCUCAGGGGUUUAGAACAGAAAUCCAUUUCUCUCCUGUUAGACCUUGAUUUUAUAAGUCUGGGAUAUUCUCCCAUAUCCCUCUAUUUCAUUUCCUCUCAUUGACACUGGUGGCAGCACAGAGCAGUCAUGGUAAUUAUGCUUGGUUCCUAGGAGACCCUAUUGUGGCCUCAAUAUUCAAGACCCACUUCUUAUAAAAUUCCUUCCUAUAUAAAUGGCACAAUCACAAAAUUACAUUUUUCUGAAUAAAG